AUGGCUGUUGCUGGUCUACGCAGUGUGUCUGUGCUCGACUCUCCUUUCCUCAGGGACUCCCAUACCCAGUCGUCUAGGAGAGGGGGUGAGGGGAGACAAGGAAGCACCCGGUCAUCUCCACUCUUGCAAAUGUGGCGAGAGAUUGAAGAUGAACAUGUGGUGAAUCAAGUUCAAGGAAGACCCGGUGAAGUACCUCUUGAGCAAAGGAGGGAUGAAUUGAGUGGGGAGCUUUCACAGGAAGAUAGACCUGAUAUCCGAGAGCGAGGGCAUAUACAUGUUUUAGAAGAUGCAGUUUUAGGUGAGAAUGAAUCUGAAACAUGGUCACAGUCGCAAAGUCAGAAUGAAUCCCAUGAUGAUCACGAGGAUUUAAAUAAUUCUAGCUGUGAAAAUUCUAGUGAUUUGGGAGAAGUUGAAAGGGAAAGAGUGAGGCAAAUUUUCAGGGAGUGGAUGAACAGUGGUGCCAGGGAUCAUGUAUCAAAUGUAUCCAGAAGAAAUAAUGGUUCAAGGAGAGAAUGGCUUGGGGAAACUGAACAGGAAAGGGUCAGAAUUAUUAGGGAGUGGGUACAAAUGAGUAGCCAGCAGAGAAGUGUUUUGUCUGGGGAAAACAGGGAAGUACAAUCUACUGAAAUUGGUACACAAAUUGAACGUGUACGUGAUGGACUCAUUGUCAACCAGACACGGGGCCAAAACGAGCAUACACGGAGGGGCAUUCGUAAAUUAUGUGGCCGACAGGCUAUGCUUGAUAUGCUUAAGAAGGCUGAAAGAGAACGGCAAAGAGAAAUUGAGGGCUUGUGGAUCCAUCGGGCCGUAUCUCAAUUCCCCUAUCGUAAUCGCAUUCAGGCACUGCUUAGAGGCAGAUUCUUGAGAAAUGAUAGACCUGUUGAUAAUAACAGGCCCCUUUCUGUUGCAGAAAGCGAGUUGGGCUUUUUGAGGCGGAAACAAACUGUAUCAGGUCUAAGGGAGGGAUUUUUCGCUAGAAAGGAGAAUAGUAGUUGCAGUCAAGCAACCAGCAAUGUAUCUGAUACCUCGUCCAAUGUUGAUAUUGAUUUUAAUACUAAUGAACAAAUGGGAUCAACCAGUUCACAUUUGGCCCCAACUGUACAUUCUGAACAGUCAGACCCUAAUGACAGAGGAAACGAUGGAUUUGUGGUAUCGAGCAGCCAGAGCUGUGAACAAGGUACCAUAUCUGAGAAUUUAAAUAAAAAAGAAUAUACUGCACAAAUAGGAGAUCUAUUGCAGCAUUUGCCAAUUGAAUCACUAGAUUGUCAGUCAUCAUUCAGUGCCAGUGUUGAAAGAGUGAACAACACUGAGCAAAAUGUUGAUGUGAUGGCAACUGAAUAUAGCGCCAAUGAAAUUACCCAACAAAGUUCACGAAUUGAAGAUUCAGAGCAUCGUAAUAACCAGGAAUUCAGUGAGGUGUAUAACGAGCAUUAUGAGCUGGGUGAUAAUUAUGACAUUCGUACAGAGGGUAAUGUUGCUGAUGAUGUAAAUUGGAAUGAAUCUGGCGCUCUAGAACUAGAACAGGUAGAAGAAGCUUUUGAGAAUGAAGGAAGUGAGUGGUAUCAAAAUAAUACCGAAUGGAGAAAUAGCACCGAUGAAAAUGUGAAUGAUAAUCAGCCCAGUAAUACAGCAAAUGAGUGGCCUGAAAACACAUUGGGAAAUGGAGAUGGAGAAAACUCUCAUCUGCAAGAAUCUCAUGAAGCAUGGCAUGAAGAUGGUGGCUUCCAAGAGGCUGUGGAAAAUUGGUUGGGAGGACCUUCUGAUCAUGAAAGUGCUCCAGUUGGUAGAAUUCGAGGAUUUUAUUUUCCUGAAGAUGACAAUGUGUACAGUGUUGAACUCAGGGAACUUCUUAAUAGGAGAAGUGUCUCUAACCUCCUUCACAGCAGUUUCCGGGAGAAUCUUGAUCAGUUAAUACAAUCAUAUGUUGAAAGGCAGGGCCAUGCUCACAUUGACUGGGAGUUGCAAGAAACAACCCCCUCAUCUGACUCAGUAGAGCAGGACCUUGUGCAGCAGAGUAGGGAUCAAAUUGUUGAUCAGGAGGGUCCUGUUAAUAGUCCACUUGAUCUGCCAUCUUUACCUAUACCGCCUCCUCUACCUCUAUGGGACCAGCAGCACCACCGGGACAACUGGUCACAGAAUGACAUAAAUAAUCAGCGUCUAGGAAUUGAUUGGGAGAUUGUUAAUGACUUGAGAAUUGACAUGGCUCGAUUGCAACAAAGGAUGAAUAACAUGCAGAGAAUGCUCGAGGCUUGUAUGGAUAUGCAGCUUGAGUUGCAGCGCUCCAUAAGACAGGAAGUUUCUGCGGCCCUAAAUCGCUCUGCUGAUUCAUCAGGAAUACCUGAUUGCGAGUCACCAGAAGAUAAAUCUAAAUGGGAAUGUGUGAGAAAAGGUCUUUGCUGUGUAUGCUGCGAAAGCAAUAUCGAUUCUUUGUUGUACAGGUAA